CUAAGAGGCGCAAUGGCGACGCUGGACGAUAAGUUGCUGGGAGAAAAGGUACACAACUACUGUAGCAGCAGCGAAGACGAGGCAGGCGAUGAUGAGUGCGAUUCGAGCGAAGCGUCCGGAUCCGGUAAAUCGGCUCCGACCAAACCGUCCGGGCUGCGUGUGAGCAAAAGCAAGCCCGCCGCCGAACCGCCGGUCCAACACCAAACACACUGGACCGGGACGGCCGGCAAUACGGGACCGAAGGGAGUGAUACAGGACUGGCAGCGGUUUAAGCAGCUGGAGGCGGAACGGCGCGAACAGGAUGCGGCAGAAAAGUUGCGCCUGCUGAAGAAGCUCAGCAUUACGACGCGCACGAAGGAAGAGGACCGGCAGGCGGAAGCGAUGGGCGAGCUGGACGCCGAGUUCCGUGAGCUGAUGGACGAGGACUUUCUGCUAGAGUACCAGCGGAAGCGUAUGGCCGAGAUGCUGGCCAUGAUGGACCGGAAAGGUCGGUACGGGGAGCUGAUCGAUUUGAAGACGGGCGACGAUUUCCUGCAGGCCGUGGACAAGGAGAACAAAAAUACGACCGUAGUGGUACACAUCUACCGUGAAAAGUACGGUCCGUGCGUGAAGAUGAACGAAGCUCUGCGGAAGCUUGCGAAGGAGUAUUGGAAUGUGAAGUUUUGCAAGUUUGUCUGCACCGAUGCCGGUUUGAGCAACCUGUUCAAGGCUUCCGGUGUGCCGGCACUCCUCAUCUACAAGGACGGCCAGAUGAUUGGAAAUUUUGUGAAGCUGGUCGACGAUCUGAGCGACGAGUUCGACUACAGCGACGUCGAAAGCUUCCUCGUCGAGAACGGCAUCAUCAACGACAAGUCGUGCAAACCGGCCAUCGUCGAGCAGCAGUGAAGACGGAGGAGGAUCUCAUUUUACUUAAAUACUGACCACGGAAUGUUUAUUCAAAGUUAAGGCAAAGGGUCUGUGUAUUUGUUUUCUCACCAUCCAAUCUCCAACCAUCUUUAUUAUUAAGUUAUAAUACGCAAGCUACGUUUUUCACACGAUAGAAGCAAUGCAUGCCUGCCGUUGUUUGGUGUUCUGGAAUAAGGCACGGAUCAAAUGCUUCACUUCCUCGGCACUGAAGCACAUGGUCAGGGGGCCCUUUCCUUCGGCCCACAGUUCAGUGAUUUCUACCAGCGAGCCGCACAGAAUUUGUCGCAACUGGAGCAAUUUUGGCCACUGCUUCACCAACUGAUGCACAUCGCUGGUUUCC